GUAUUUGGAGAGCCAAUGCCUCGGUUUGCGCUGUUAAUGCAGUCAGCAAGAUAGCAUCAACCAAGAGCAGAAAUACGAAUCCUGCUUUGGUAAGGUUUCACAACUUUCCUAUUGACGUGGAUAAAGUGUGUGUUUCUUCACAGGGCCUUUAGACAGAAGCAGUAGCGGUACCACACCUGUUUUAAGGAAGGCUGAGCGACCAGUGGACCCAGAGAGGGACCGCUUAACGUUUUGUCAGUGUGUGUUUGUGCGCAUGUGUUUGAGUGUGUAAGAAAGAUACAAAGAAGAAUCCAGUCAUGGCUACCGGUAAAAGUAAAAACCAGAGCUCUCUGGCGCUGCACAAGGUGAUAAUGGUGGGAAGUGGAGGCGUGGGGAAAUCUGCCCUCACCCUGCAGUUCAUGUAUGAUGAGUUUGUGGAAGACUAUGAGCCAACCAAGGCAGACAGCUACAGAAAGAAGGUGGUUCUGGAUGGAGAGGAGGUCCAGAUCGACAUCCUAGACACAGCUGGCCAGGAAGAUUAUGCUGCUAUCAGGGACAACUAUUUUCGCAGUGGCGAGGGCUUCCUGCUGGUCUUCUCCAUUACAGAGCAUGAGUCCUUCACUGCCACUGCUGAGUUCAGGGAGCAGAUCUUGCGGGUGAAGGCAGAAGAGGACAAGAUACCUCUCCUGCUGGUGGGGAACAAGUCAGACCUGGAGGAGCGUCGGCAGGUGUCUGUGGAUGAGGCCCGUGGGAAGGCCGAGGAGUGGGGCGUCCAGUAUGUAGAGACAUCAGCCAAAACUAGAGCUAACGUCGACAAGGUGUUCUUUGACCUGAUGCGUGAAGUACGAGGCAAGAAAAUGUCAGAAAACAAAGACAAAAAUGGAAAAGGAAAGAACAAGAAGAACAAGAAGACUUUCAGAGAGAGAUGCUGUUUACUUUGAACUCUUCAUGGACCUUAACAAGCCACAAUACAAGUGUAAUGCUGGGGAACAAAGCAGAGCGUCUUUGCCAUUGUCAUUUGGAUGAAAUUUGAUUAGACUUUUUAAUAGCUUGUUAUAGUUUAGUGUUUAGAACAAUCUCAACCACUUUGUUGCCAGUUUUAAUUAAUGAAACCGGAUUUAGUUUUUGUCUCAUUGGAAGAUGACCACUGUUGUGACUGUGACUUGGACUGCAGUGCUUGAUGGCUCACAGUAAGCCAGUGACCAAACUGCCACUGACACUAACUCUGCUGCUCAAGACAUUCUCCACUGUUUAACUCAGCGAUUGUACUGCCUUCGACUUUGGUUCAGUGUGUUUUUGUCAAGUAAACAGUGCCCUUAACUUCUGUACCGACUCUAAAUCUUAACCCGCAUAUUUUUUUGCCAGAGUGGUCACCACUUGACUCUGUGUUCAUCAAUUUACAAGGAAUUCUAAUGCUGCUGUCUGUCAUAUGUGAAUCAUUAAUGAUGACACUUACUGUCCUGUCUGUUUAACAUGUUGGCCUCUUCCAUUGAUCUCUCCAGACUCUUGUCUCGGCAACAUCACAACGUGUUUGGAAUGGCAUUUUCAAAUAUUUUCAGUUUUGAGCCCUCAAGGCAGCAUUUUUUUUCUCCCCAUUUUUCACAUUGAUUCAUACAGUGCUCUGCAAUCAGAAGUGUUGUUGCCAAACAGGGUCGUUUUAUUUGAUUGUCAGAUUUAUCAGCCUUGACAUGAUUACCACAAAUUAAUCAAAUGACGAUUUGCAGUUUUUCAUGACAAAAGCUGCAAAAUGAAAUGUCUGGUGACUGAAAAUCCCCACAUUUCUGUUGAAGUCAUUUUUCACUUCUUCCUGAAGUCACAGAGCAUCAUGUAGAUAUUUUUAACAUAUUUUAGGAAUUUUGAGGCUGUGAAGAAAAACGGAAUCUGGUUACUAGUUUACUUUUGUUUUCAGAGUUACUAAGAGAAGAAAGGCAACCUGUUGUUCUUAAUGGUGCUCUGUCAUAUUUGUGUAAUCCAGACUUUUCCAACCUCCUCACUGUGCAGAUUCCUUCCUGUUUUACAGUAAUGUUCAAGCCUUUGUUGGCUCUGUGCUGUGAGACAGGUGUUGACAAUCCAGGAGGCCAUCCUGCUUCUGCAUCAUAAUCAGUAACUUCAUAUUAAUCCUAAUAUUUUAAUGUUCCUUUUUUCCUUGAUCUUUUAAAUAACAUGCACUACAUUGCCAAUACCUAAGAAGCAGACUUCAUGCUGAGUGGAGUCUCGCUGGAGAUUUUUAAGCAGUCUGUGCCAACAAAAUCACAAAAAAAAAUCAAACUAUGUUUGUGGAUGUACAGUAUGUAUGUUGAUUAACAGAGUGUAUGUACAUUUAUCAGAAAACCCUUCUACCUUACUGUCUUUGAGUGAAGCGUUGAUGAGGGUGCCAGUUUCUUAACUGUUUAAACAAGUGCUACGGUAAAUGAGAUGUUUCCGCCACUGCCUAAACCAUUCUGUGUAACAUGCCCCCCAUUUUCCUUUAUUGCCUACUACUGUGAGUAUGCUUCUAUCUCUCUGCAGCAAGACUGUUGCUGAAUAAAUGCUGUUUUCUUUGUAA